AUGUCACUGAGCGUUUCUUUAGAAGGUGAAAGAUUGAGGAGGGGAAAAAUUUUAGGAGAAUCAAAUAGUAAAAAUUUCGGUAAACAUGGAAAAGAAUUUCAAAUUACAGGUGAAAAAGGUAUAAAAAAGAGUCGUAAAGUAACAAAAAAUACUUUUGGUGAAGAAAAUAAUGGAAAAAAAGUGGUUGUUGGUGUUACAAAUAAGAAACCUCCAAACAUGGUACUCUUAGUAUCCAAAGAAUCAUCACAUAAGAUACAUGUACCUUCUAUCAAAACACAAGUUUUAGAACCUGUCUUUGUAGCAGCUAAUGUUGAAGAAAUAAAAAUUAGAAGAAAUAUUCACACACAAAUGUAUUUAUCUUAUCUUAAAUCUUUUCAUGAUAAGAACAACCAAAAUACAAUAAGUAAUUGGAAUGUCAAGUUAAAAAAAAGAUUGACUUCAGGGUGUAAAAUAAAUUCUGGUAAAUAUAUGUUAGGGUCAGAUAGAAAUAACUCCCAAGAUGAAGUAGAGGUUGUUGAUGCAUUAUAUAAUCUUUAUAAUAAUGUUACACAAGAAAUAUUGGACACUGUUAAUGUUUGUAGGGAUAUUAGCAUUAGUACCUUAUAG